AUGGAAGUGUCUAAGUCACUGUGGCUUCUCUUGGAGCAUAGCAAUGAGGCCAUGGUGCGAGUUGCCUUGGAGAUCGCCUUGGAUGGCACUUACAAAAAAGUGCUCUGGUGGCCAGACUUCUGGUUUUCGGACCAUGAGAAGCGGGAGUACUUCAAGGAAAUUGUGAGAAUAAAGCUCGCGAUUGCCAUCGCAAAUGCGAAGGGUUCGGCGGUGGAUUUCUCCGAAUUUGAAAAAAACGAUGAGGAAAGUGAGCUAGUAACGAAACUGCGGAAGCAGAUUGCGGAGUUAGAGGCGGCCUUGCGCGAUGCCAGAUUGGAGAAGGAGGCAGCAGAAGCGCGCAUCCGGGAGCUGGAACUGGCAGCCAAGGAGGCUGAAGAGAAGUUAGCUGCGAUGGAGAAAUCGUUGGAACAGCUCCGUAGGGAGGUGAAAGACUGUGUUUUGGCAUCUGCUGCGGCUGCUGUAGCUGUUGCGGCUGCUGAUUUUGCGGCUCUUGCGGCUCUGAAGGGCGCUGCGGCUUUUGCGGCUCUUGCGCCUCCUUCCGCGGCGUUGCUCUGGCCUGCUGCUCUCAUUCAGGUAGCCAGCACGCUCUCCAGAGGUGGUUGCUUCUGGCACUUGCGGCAGCGCCUCUUGCAGCACCGGCUCGCCCCAUGUGAGCCGGUGCAAUCUGCCAACCGUGCUGACGUUGCGAAUGAAGACGGGCCGGCACCAGGAGAUGUGGUUGUGACUGGUGUUCCUGUGGAUUCCGAAGUGGCACAGUCUGAAGCGGUUUCUUCGGCUUCAGCGGCUGCAGCGUCUGUGGAUCUCACGGUGAUGACGCAGCAGGUGAGAGAUCAACGUGCUGAGAUUGCAGAGGCUUUGGUGCGCAACAUGAGGCAAUUCCGCCCCAACAUUUGCCUCCUGAGCAAUGACCAGAUCCUGCGGCACGCCUGUGACAUUGCCAUGGCUCCAGACUGGAUGCAGAACACCUACAACACUGAAGUGGACUUUACCUGGGCCUUUGCUGGCUUCAAUGUCCUGCUGAGCUCCUUCUUUCCUGGCGGCACCAAGACCAAGGCGGCUAUGGAUGAAGUGGCUGCAAGUAUGAAGUUGCCUGAUCCAUCGGUGGUGGACGAAGCCAAGAAUUUGCUGCAGAUUGCAUCUUGUGCCCGGGAGAUUCUGGACCAGUUUUGCGAAGUUACUCCCGCAGAGCAGCGCACCGUGUACACGGGGAAGAUUCUGCUGCUGCCCUUUGUGAUGAAUGGACAGGCCAGAGGCUAUGAUCUUCAAGAAGUCGAGGCAGACGGCUGGGCUGGGUGGGCCCUCCCGUUCAACAGAGACGAUGGCAAACUCAUGCACAUCACAAUCUACGCCAGGGAUUGCUUGCAUUUUGUCAAGGCUUUCCUGAACAAGUCUGGCUUGGGAGUCGGACGGUCUGAGCCUCGCAGCUUGCUUGCUCUUCAAGGGGAUGAGGAUGAGACGGUCGCCUUGGAGGCUCGCAACAAGAUGCUCCUGAAGAACAGCUUUUUCCAUGCCGCCUUCGAGCCGCAUCGUCAGGAGAUGCACAGGGCUGGAUUGCUCUUCUCAGCUGACAACGACAAGACCGUCCGCAACGAAAUGCUCUGCAUCCUUUCCACUUUGGAGCCUGGCUUUUCGCAGCUUGUGGACGGCGGGGUCGCAAUGACCAACUCGUCAAUUUGGGUCACAUCCAGCGGCUUCUUUUACGUGUUGCGUUUUGCACCCAUCCAGACGGCCAACAAGAAAUUCGUGACCCCGCUGUUCACAUUGAAGCCUGGGGCUGAGAUUGUGAAGGGGGACUUCGUCAACGAUGACUUCAUGGAACGGGCUAUCGCAGUGAAGAAGAGCGGCACCUGCCACGUGGUGGCCUUGCAGCUUAUCCGCCGCUUGGAUGCUGUUGGCGCGCCCUACAGCAUCUGCGUUGCUCGAUGCCAGAGGGCUCCGGGAGGCCUCCACUUGGGAUUGCUGCAAGGAGGAGCCCAGCAGUAUUGCGUGGACACGAUGCGGCAGACCGGAGAUGCCGAGCAGAGCCGCGCUGCAGCACAGAAGGGCAGCGGCAAAAAAGGCUGGGGCAACAACAGCGGCUGGAGCGGCAACAGCGGCUGGAGCGGCAACAGCGGCUGGAGCGGCUGGGGCGGCUCUGGCAGCAAGGGCGGCUCUGGCGGCUGGGGCAAGCCAAGCGGGCAGGGCACUGGCUGGGGAGCACCGUUAACCACGACCUUUCAAGGGCCAGUGCGUCCUGGCCCAGGGAUGGCAACUCAAGCGCCUCCUCAAGCAGCCUCUCAAGCGGCUCCUCAAGCGGCUCCUCAGGCUUCUGCGGCUCCUGAGGCAGAUCCAUGGGCCGGAUGGGAGACCAAUGACGAUGGGGGCAAUGAUGGGGACGGCAACGAUGGCGGGUACAGCGGCUUUGCGGAUCCAUCUGAUGCCUGGCAGACACAUCAAUGA